UAUCUAUUGCCACAACCAACUCAAGCCUUACACAUCCUCUAUUGAUUGCUUUUCUUGGAAGAACAACUCCUCUCUUGGUCUCUUUCUUCAUUUCUCUUCUUAAAAUACAAACAAGCACUACCAUGGGAGUUCGAUUGCCGGUUGUUGCUCUUGCUAGGCAAAUUCUAAGCCGGUCUGCUUCGAUUGCAUCCAGAGCAGCCUCAACAUCAUCAGAGGUACCAAGAGGCUUCUUUGCAGUUUAUGUUGGAGAGAACCAGAAGCGGCGGUUUGUGGUUCCCGUCUCCUAUUUGAACCAGCCAUUAUUUCAAGAUUUGCUAAGAAAAGCCGAAGAAGAAUUUGGGUUUAAUCAUCCAACCGGUGGUUUGACGAUUCCAUGCAGAGUAGACACUUUCAUUGAUGUCACUUCUCGCUUGAGCAGUUCAUAAGAGAAUGCAGUUAAUUAAACCAACACAGAGACAACGUUGUAUAGCGGCAAUACUUGGGGAUACAUUGUCAAUCACUUGUUUCUUUUCUGCUUUUUUGGCAGAAAAUAUGUAGGGAAAAAUCUGUCCAUUUGGAGAAAGUGUCGAGUAGAAUCUGUAGUUUUUUUUUUUUAAUGGAAAUCAGCAAUUGAGGAUACCCUUUAGACCAAAAUAUUCGUAAUUAUUAUUUUUUUUCCAGACUUAUUGUACUUUCCUUCAAGCAUCAAGCUAUCUUCUACUUCAAAGUUCAAACUGUGGAUACCCUACUACUUAUAACGGUCAUGACGGUAUAAUCUUAAAUGACAAGUGUGCCCCUUCCGCUUUAAGCAUUUCUAAACGGAGUCUCUCAUACACAGCAUGGCUUCAUAACAAUGACCUCAAAAACUUAACCAACUCGUUCUAUUGCGUACAGUUAAGCUGCGGAAAGGCUAAGCUGGAACAUUUCAAGAUGUUUCUGCUCCGUAACCCACAACGCCAUUCCCUUUAAUGUAAACAGGUCAAGCCCCAUCCGCUGUUUUGUGGGUAGUGCCCUCAUAGCAACAAUUCCAACUUUCAUCCAUCAAUGAGGCACCGGCGAUGUUUGAUGAAAUUCCGGAUAAGGACACCCUACGUGCAAAUGCUCUAUUAGCAUAUAUCGAGGUUAGGCUGCGGGUGAGGUUGCCAUCCCAAAAAUUGUUGGGCAUAAGUCUUCCGUGAAGUAUAAUCUCAACCGGCACCAAGUUCUUGAUGAUGAGUUGGAAGACAAACCCAUGUGAUCCUUCAAACGCCUGUCUCUCCCAAAUACCCUCCCAAGUGCACACCCGAAACCUCAUUUCAGAGAUUUCCUCCUGUGCCUAUCAUCUAUAUAUACACGCAUGUUAUUCCAAUGCCAAACCAAGUCCUAUUAUUCUUCUCUAUCAAAUAUUUAUCUACUUCUUUCUCUUCCAAAGUUCCCAAUCUUUUCUGAAGUGACAACAUAUAAAUGCCUAUCCGAGUUCCAUCCAUCAUGCAUGUUAAGCAGCUUCUCCGCAGGUCUGUUUUAAGCAGUAAAGAAGCAGCUUCCACAGCUAAAAAUGUUCCAAAAGGCUACUUUGCAGUCUAUGUUGGAGAAGACCAGAAGAAGCGAUUCGUUCUACCUAUAUCAUACCUUAAUGAACCUUCGUUUCAGAAAUUGCUACAUAAGGCAGAGGAAGAAUUUGGGUUCGAUCAUCCAAUGGGUGCUCUGACAAUUCCUUGCAGGGAAGAGGUCUUUAUCAACUUCACGUCUGGCAUAAACAGAUCGUGAUAAAUGGCAGGACUGAAAUCAAUCAGCAAAACUUAUUUGUAGCCUCAGGCAUGAUUACUUCUCUUUGUGGAGAAGGAUUGGAUGGCUAAUGCACAGCCACCUGCGAGAGUUGUGAAACAGAAUGUACUGCAGUACCUGAAGAAUAUGUCCACUUGCAUCAGACGGCAGACUGCUCAGGUUAAGCAGAUGCAGGUUGCGCAGGAGGCCACAAGUGUAAUAAAAGGCAAGUUGUAGAAACUUGGAGGAGAUGCUUCUGAGGUUCCAACUUCAUACCUGCAGUUACUUUAAGGGGGGAUGAAGCAUUCGGUUCAAUCAUCCUAUGAGUGGUUCUUCCACAGUCCCAUGCAAAGAAGCCAUCAGUGAUCUUCUUUUAGUCUGGGAAGCUUAUGAGAGAUGAUAGACAUGAUGUUGGGUAGUGCUGAAAAACUGAACUUUCCAACACCACUAACCCAAAAAUCUGUCUUUCUUUUUUGAAUUAAGAGGAUUAGGUAUUGCGAAAAUCAUUGUAAAACUUUCUAUUUAUAUAUAAUGAUAGUUGGGAAUCAAAACUUCCAUGCA